CUCGACAUGGACGUGAUUGACGUUUCGUGGAUGGACAACAACGUCCCCUUUUUGAGGCACAACUUUUGGAACAUCAACCGGGGGAUGAUUGAUGACCUUCGGGAUAUCCUUUGCACAAAGGGGCGCGGGAGGCACCUUCCCGCGCCCAUGACUCCCCGUUCGGGCAACGUGGGGUGCUUUUUGGGGGGGCCGAGCUACGUA